UUCAUCUUUCCGGAUUGGUCGUAGGCAAGCAAGGUUGAAUCACAGAAAUAAGAAGCUAUUCUUGUGAAGCCUAGCCCCCAACAGCUAAACAGAGCUUAACUAUGCUGAGUUUAAUUUGCACCCUCCUCAUAAUCAUCAACUAAUCAUUAAUCUUUACAAUGUCCCAUCGCCGCUUAACUGAGAUGCUUAAAAUAAAGUGAAGGUGGUUGCAACUUGGAAGUCUGUAGGAAAGCCGAAAAAUGGAAGGAGUGAAGUGCCAAGAAGAUCAGAAUUUGCCUAGAGACACCUACAGAAUUGCUUAUGCUAUUCAUUUCUUGCUUGGUGCUGGCAAUUUGCUUCCAUGGAAUGCUUUAAUCACAGCUGUUGAUUACUUUGGCUAUUUUUAUCCAGCCAAACAUGUGGAGAAGGUUUUCUCCAUAGCUUACAUGAGUUCUUCGGUGCUAGUUCUCGUUCUGAUGUUGAGUUGGGGCUGCUGGAGUAGGAAGCUUAGUUUUAGACUGAGGAUGAACAUGGGGUUCUCUAUGCUUGUUCUCUCCCUAAUGGUGGCUCCCAUGUUAGACUGGAGUUGGUGCAGGAGUUUAUCAAUGAGGAAAUCAAGUGGAGCCUAUGCUUUGACUGUUGCAUCAGUUGUGAUCUGCGGUUUGGCCGACGGCUUGGUCGGUGGAAGCUUGAUAGGAUCUGCUGGAAAGCUUCCAAAACAGUAUAUGCAGGCUGUUUUUGCUGGGACAGCUUCUUCAGGUGUUUUGGUUUCCAUCUUGAGGAUUAUAACAAAGGCAUCGCUUCCACAGACUCCGCAGGGCCUCAGAACAAGUGCACACUUAUACUUCAUAGUAAGCACCAUGAUCUUGCUAUGCUGCACUCUCAGUUGCAACCUGUUAUACAAGUUACCAGUCAUGCGACAUCAUCAGAGACUUAUUGGAGAUGACCGGCUGAGCCCAAGACCAAAGUUCUGGGAAGUGGCAAGAAAAAUCCGGUGGCCAGCUGUGGGUGUUUUCAUGAUAUAUGUUGUAACUCUGUCCAUAUUUCCAGGCUUCUUAGCUGAAAAUCUGAAAUCCAAGCUUCUGCGAGACUGGUAUCCUAUUUUGCUGAUAACGGUAUAUAAUAUCUCAGAUUUAGUAGGGAAGUCUUUGACUGCAAUAUAUGUUCUGAAGAGUAUUGGGAAGGCUACAUUCGCAUGUGUUGCCAGGCUUUUGUUCUAUCCCCUCUUUGCAGCUUGUCUCCAUGGACCCAAGUGGCUGAAGACUGAGGCACCAGUGGUAGUUCUGACAUUCAUGCUUGGAGUCACCAAUGGGUAUCUCACAAGUGUCAUCAUGAUCCUCACCCCUAAAUCAGUGCCAGUUUUGGAAGCAGAAACAGCUGCAAUUGUGAUGACUGUGUUCUUGGGAAUGGGAUUGGUUGGUGGUUCAGUUCUUAGUUGGUUUUGGAUUAUUUGAGCCCUCUUUGAGCUCUAAUGACCAGCACAAUAUGUCAAAUUCUAAGAAUAUGUUAGUUGUUAUCAGUAGUUUGAAAUGUCAGAACCUUGGCCAUCUGCUAGACGACUUCUUUUUGCAGUCUAUGCUUGUGUGGUCUAUAGAAUGAUGAAUAACUCUUUACAAUCAUAUCAUCCA